ACACAGGCAUUAUUGCCAUCUCUAACUUCACCUCGACUUGCAUGACUUUGAUAUUCUAAAAAAUCUUUUGUUUUUGGUUUGAAAAAUGCCGUCUUUUAAAGUUAAAGUGAAAUGGGGUCGUGAAAUGUAUCCGGACAUUGAUGUGAAUACCGAUGAAGAGCCAAUAUUGUUUAAAGCUCAACUUUUUGCGCUAACAGGAGUCCAACCGGAACGCCAAAAAAUAAUGUGCAAAGGUGGAAUACUUAAGGACGAUGAAUGGAAUUUACAAUUAAAGGAUGGAGCCGUAGUCUUAUUGCUGGGCUCAAAGGAGAAGGUGCCAGAAGUGCCCCAAGUGCCAGUUAAAUUCAUUGAAGAUAUGAACGAAGCCGAAGCGGCAACGGCGAUGCGUGUACCGGCUGGUUUGACCAAUCUCGGCAAUACUUGCUAUAUGAAUGCAACUGUUCAGUGUUUGCGGGCAGUUCCUGAAUUGCGCAAAGCAUUGGAGAAAUUCCGACACGAUGGUUCGGAUGCGACUUCGUCGGCAUUCACAAUAUCAUCGGCCAUGAAAAUCGUAUUUACCCAAAUGGAGAAGGGCACAACUAUAACACCAAUUGUGCUGUUGCAAGCCUUGCAUCGUGCAUCGCCCCAAUUCGCACAGACCGGCGAAAAUGGCACCUAUCGCCAGCAGGAUGCCAACGAAUGCUGGUCGGAGAUAUUGAAAAUGUUGCAGCAGAAACUAAUGCCACUCAGCCAAGGCAGCUCCGAUGAUGGCGCCGUUGUCGAAAAGAAAAACCAUAGCUCAUUUAUUGAACAGUUCUUUGGGGGCACCUUUGAGGUGAAAAUGACUGCAGAUGAGGCUCCUGAUGAGCCGGCCACAAUCUCCAAAGAGAACUUCUUGCAGCUCAGUUGCUUUAUAUCCAUGGAAGUGAAGUAUAUGCAUAGCGGAUUAAAAUCGAGAAUGAAAGAGCAGCUGGCUAAGCAUUCGGAAAGUCUGGGUCGUAAUGCCAACUAUACCAGAACUUACUUGGUGAGUCGACUGCCUGCAUAUCUUACGGUUCAGUUUGUUAGAUUUCAAUACAAGGGCAAGGAGGGCAUCAAUGCCAAGGUCUUGAAGGAUAUUAAAUUUCCAAUUGAUUUCGAUGCCUACGAGUUGUGCACACCCGAAUUGCAAAACAAGUUGUCCCCGAUGCGUUCCAAAUUCAAGGAUCACGAGGACAAGAAAGUUGAUGUGGAAUCGACGAUAAAGAAAACUGCCCAAUCUAUGGAAGUCGAUGACAACGAUGACGAUGACGAUAGCAAAUAUGAACCAUUCUCGUUCGACGACGACUUGGGCAGCAACAAUUCUGGUUAUUAUACACUUAAAGCGGUACUCACACACAAGGGUCGCUCCAGUUCGUCGGGCCAUUAUGUUGCCUGGGUGCGUUCAAGUGGCGAUGUUUGGUUCAAGUUUGAUGAUGACGAUGUAACAUCUGUCAGCACCGAUCAGAUCUUGCGACUCUCCGGUGGCGGUGAUUGGCAUUGCGCUUAUGUCCUUCUCUAUGGACCCAAACGUUUAGAUAAGUGCUAGUAUAUCUCUAUCUAUAUUUAUAUGUUUGUUUUUUGCAUUCAGGUGGUUUACACACAAACACAAACAGAUCUUGUUGUUAACCCAAUUCAAUAAAUUGAAAUGAUCAAACAAUAAU